AUCAAACAUUUGGAAAAAGAAUUCAAUAGAAACAGCAAUCUUUUUUUUGAGAAGAUGAAUACAAAAGCAGCAAGUUACUUACGGGGCUUCUAUUCAUAUGAACGUAGUUUUAAUUUGCGUGUACUGGUGGACGAUGAGGAGAUUAAAACAGCUUAUACAGAAGCAAAGGUUAAAGGGAGACUUCCUUUUAACAGGUCUAAAAUCCUCAUUUUAGGAGAUCAUGCUGCAGGAAAGACAUCUACAUGCAGACGAUUGCAAGGAAGGGAUUUUCGAUAUGAUGAAUCUAGCACCGUAGGAAUUGAAACAAAUACUGUUAAAGCAAAAGUUAGUAAUGUUAAUAGUAAGUGGUGCGAAGUAUCAAACACACCACUGGAAGAUUAUGAAAGUUCAGCAGCAUGGUGGGCAGUAUCGCACGUGCGCAAGAUAACCAAGAGUGGAAUGUCUAAAACUGACAAGAAACAUUGGACCAUCGUUGAAGAUGUAAUUUAUCAGGGAUUCCAGCUUUUACCAAUCCUCUUUAUUUUUAUGAUCAGAGGUUUGACCUUUGGCUUUGGGGUAGUUGCGUGGGUCUACAUUAUUAGUUUGAUGUCAUUAUUUGACGUUCACACUGCGUACCGCUUUGGUUCCGGAUACGCUAUAGGAGUGGUGAUUGUUCAUGGUGCUACGUACUUAACCGAUUUUGACCAAGAUUUACAAGAUAUCAAUCUGAAUGAAUUGACCAAUAUUAUCAUGACAAUGAUACUGUAUGUGGUCUUAAGUAUUAUAACUGGUUUUAUGAUUGGCGGUGGUGGUCGGACCGGUGUAUGUGUAGCACUUUGCUUUAUGGUUCAUCCACUACAAGAAGAAUUACCACAUGAAAACAUAACUGAGAGGUUCAUUAAUAUAGUACAAAAUGCAUCUUUAGAAUUGUUGCUUUCCGUAAUAGGACUUUUUUCGCUUCUAAUAUUCAGGUAUGUUCACGUUAAAUAUUUGCAGUUGAGCUGGAUGAAUCGUGUAUUUGUAACAUUAAUUGUUAUUUUUAAAGUAUUUCUUGGAAUGCUAUACAUGGAAGCGUAUUCCUUACGGCUACUCAUGUAUUUUAUUACCGCAGUAAGUAUCAUAUUGAUGUGUGCAGGAAAUUUUAUUGGAAGGAAAUGUUCUGCAUAUUGGUACAUACCUGAAAGCUAUAUUAUCAAGAAAACAAUCGGUUUUAUUUUCGGAAUAUGCAUGGCAAGAAUUGUAGGAUGGGAAUUCGUAGACUUAAGAGUUCUCAAUUUAGCCGACUAUCAACAGACAUCGAUCCAACCUCAUUUGUUCUCUGCGUUGUUAUUUAUCGUCCCAUUAUUAUUAUUCAUUGUGUAUGAAUGUUCAGCUUACCUGAAAGUCAGGCAUACUCUUUUACCGCUAAAGCAUAUCUGCCAAUCUAUGAAGGCAAAUAUUCGUGAAGAAUCAUAUUUGGAUGCUAGACUCAGCUUAUGGGAUUUUGCAGGACAAGAGAUGUACUAUAAUACACAUCAUCUGUUCAUGCCAAAGCAGGGUGUAUAUCUGGUUGUUUUUAAUGCCGUUGAAGCGGUUAUAAAUCCUGCAAAGCAACUCAAACGGCUACAUUUCUGGUUGCAAUCAAUUGCUAUGCACGCAGAAGUUGAGAAUGUGGUAGUCCUGCUUAUAGGAACAAGAAGAGAAAGUGUUCGUGACAUGAAUGCUCUAUCGGAUUUCUCAAGAUUAGCAAAAUCACAUCUUUACAAACGUUUCUCUAAGUUGAUCACGUUUCAUCCAAUUGGAAGUAUUUUCUUUUACGUUGAAAACGCACUGAGCACAGACAAAGAAAUUCACACUAUACGAGAAGUAAUCUACAACGAGAUUAAAAAUAUGACGUAUUUUCAAAAUUAUUUUUCAGUAAGAUAUCUUUUAUUCAAUGAAACAUUGAAUAGAUUUCGGCAACAAAAUUCCUUUAUAACGAGGCUGGAUAUCAUUUUUGAGGAAGCAAAAUCCACUUGUAACAUCAUGACAGAGGAUGAGUUGCGUCAGUUCCUAAUUUUUUUCAACAGAUCUGGUGAUAUCAUAUACAAAGAAGGAGAUGAAAUGCUUCGAAACUACGUCAUAUGUGAGCCUCAGAGGCUGGUUGAUAUUUUGCAACACUUGGUGAAUGUACCUGAACCUCACAAUAGAAAUCGGGCAGUAGCUGACUACUGGCAGAGACUGCAAGACACAGGAAUCGUUGACAGCCGUUUACUCGAGCAUAUCUGUCGCGAGCAGGGAAUUUGGAGACUGUACCCUUAUGUUAUUCGUUUCUUAGUGGGAACAAAUCUACUUUUUCCUCUUUUUAUAACAGAUGAAAUCGAUCAAGUGGGCAUAUUUUGUCUUUUGUGUCGACUGCCAAAGAUUACAAUGAUGUCAACUAUCUGGAACAGUAAGGACAAGUCGCAAGAUAUAUUUUAUUUUGACUUUGGGGAAAUUCCUACCGAAUUGAUAUUUCUACGUCUUAUCGCUAAAUGUUGUAAAGAGUUUAAUUUCGAUAACAUUUACUAUAAUGCGGCACGAUUCAGAACCAGUAAAUUAUGUUUAUUUGUAAUCAAUAUGCAAGUCAUAGUUGGAGCCUGGGAUUCAUACGACCGAAAUCUUAUCAAAUUAUCUAUACUUAAUGAAGACGAAGCCCAAGUAAUAAAUGUCUUACAGAAAAUGAUUACUUUUACUGAGGAGAUAAUCAAUCGAGAUUUUAAUCCAAAAUACUUUAAGGAAAAUUAUAUUUUUGGGCCUGUCUGUGGAAGAUGUAGUACUUUAGAUGAUACAAUGUGUUUGGUGAACAUCAUAACGCAUGGCAACGACGUCAAUAUGUUUGAUUGCUACCGACCAGAUCAUUACCAUAGGGUUUCAUUUGAGCCAAAGUUCAAUCUAGCUUGUAGCCGUUAGAUAAGCAAACAAGUCUCAACCAGUGGCGAAGAAAAGUUUUGAUUGGCGUGUUAGCCAGUGUCGUAACAGGCGCGGGGG